GAAAUUAUGUGGAACUAAAAUUGGGAUUAGAAAGAAAAUAGCGAUAAUGGGAUGAUGAGGUGUUGAAGCAACACACCACUGGUUUUUCAACGUCCAUCUGAUCGAAGUAAUAAUCCUACUCGCACUCGCACUCGCAUCCGCAUCCGCAUCCGCAUCCGCAUCUACCUCUGCUUCUUCUUCCCGCCGGUCCUCCCUCACUCAAACCCUAAAACUCCAAUUUCUGGCAAAACCCUAAUUUCUCCCUCUCAAAAUAUCCUAUAUUUUUCUCCCUCUUUUUCAUCAACGUAGAGAGAAAGGAUAAAAUGUACAGGGAGAGAGGUGGAGGAGGAUCAAAGGCCAAAAUAGAGGUGACUUCCAGAGUAGGUGGAGGUGGAUUGAAUUUGAAUGGGAAAGAUGAUAAUAAAGACCGYUUGUCAGCUGGGAGCUCCAACCUUUCUAGGUCGUCUUAUCCCGAURACARAUCAUCCAAAGGUGAUAAAAACGUAGCAGUGGAAUCUGAAACAGACAGUGAGGAAUCAGAUGUUAGUGGCUCAGACGGGGAGGAAACAUCUUGGAUUUCAUGGUUUUGCAGUCUACGUGGAAAUGAAUUUUUCUGUGAAGUUGAUGAUGAUUACAUCCAAGACGAUUUUAAUCUCUGUGGUUUGAGCAACCAAGUUCCAUAUUAUGAUUAUGCUCUUGAUCUGAUCUUGGAUGUUGAGUCCUCUCAUGAUGAAAUAUUCUCAGAGGAACAAAUUGAACAAAUUGAAUCAGCAGCAGAGAUGCUUUAUGGUCUAAUUCAUGUGAGAUAUAUCUUGACAACUAAAGGAUUGGGUGCCAUGCUGGAGAAGUACAAGAACACAGAAUUUGGCAGAUGCCCAAAAGUCUACUGUUGUGGGCAGCCCUGUCUUCCUUUUGGUCAGUCGGACAUUUCUCGCCAGAGCAAUGUCAAGAUUUACUGCCCCAAAUGUGAAGAUAUUUACACCCCUCAGUUCAGGUUUCAAGAUAACCUUGAUGGGGCAUAUUUUGGGUCGACGUUCCCUCAUUUGUUCCUAUUGACGUAUGGACACCUGAAGCCACAAAAGACAUUGCAGGAGUAUGUUCCCCGAGUAUUCGGCUUCAAGGUCCACAAGCCAUGAUCGACAACCAAGGCAAAGCAGAGAGAUUGGUGGGCAACAACUUUUGAUAUGGUAGUUUUAACAGAAAAAGGAUCACAUAAACUCAUUUUCAGUGGUUUGGAACAUAAUAGCAACAUCAUGUAUAUUGAACAUUGAAAGUUGAUUUGCAGAGGUUGAUGGUGUUUUCAUGAAUUAUGAUGUAAGAAACAUGCAAACUUUGA